AUGACUUCCUCCAGACAAGGGUUGUUGUCUCCUCUCGAAGGCUUUUUAUGUGGUGGGACAGCGGCAUGUACUGCGGUCACUGUAUCCAAUCCUGCAGAAGUUGCCAAGACUCGCAUGCAGUUGCAAGGAGAAUUAGCCAAAGGUGGUGGCCAAAGGGUGUACAAUAAUGCUCUUGAUGCGCUAGCUAAAACUUGGAGGAAUGAGGGUAUCCGUGGUUUGCAAAGAGGUCUUGGUGCUGCUGUGUAUUCUCCUCCAUGGCUCGUCUUUCGGUGUGAAACCUCUUGGGACCGUGCUGCCACAUUUGCUAACACACUCGAAGCUUUUUAUGAACAUGUCAGACGAGCGUUCAACAACUUCGUUGGAAAGCCUCCCAUAGAUCAAAUACCACUGACUUCUAUAUCCGCUGGAGCGGCGUACUCUCCAGCUCUGCCUGUAGGGACGCAGCGCUACUACAAGAGUUCUUUCAAUGCAUUCACCACUAUUUGGAAGGCCGAGAAAUUCCGGGGUCUGAUUCGUGGUAUCGAUGCUGCUGUGCUCCGGACAACGAUAGGCUCAUCGGUUUUAUUACCAAGCUAUUAUGGUACAAAACAUCAAAUUGUCUCGAACGGUCUUCUUCCCGAGAACAGUAUAUGGACGUACCUUGCAAGCAGUUCUGUCUCUACUAUUUGCGUGGCACUCACCCGAUUGUAUAACCAACCUACAAAGCGCUUGCCCAACGGCACUCUAAUCGGAACAUUGUACAAAAAUCCUAUCGACUGCCUAUGGAAAACUAUUCAGGCUGAGGGUAUCCGUGGCUGCUAUAAGGGAUCCACUGCUCAACUGCUGCAAGUCGCUCCGCAUACGAUCAUUAUACUAACUGCCAACGAUAUUAUUCGCAACAUCUACACGAACAUGAAGUCCGGACAUCCCGAAGAUGUUUGA